CCCGCCUCUACAACUCGAGCCGACUAACCCGCCGUCUGCUCUCCCCCUCCGUCUUAGAGAGGGUGAGCUCCUUUUAAGCACCUGAGCGUUGAGCGGUGGCGGUACAGUCGACUGCUGGUCCAUUGGUGUCUGUUUGUGACCGGACAGGGGCUAGAAACAUCUCGUGAACAAUGGCUGAGAAGAAGAAGGGAUUCGAUCCCAUGUCCUUUGCGCAAGAUUUCGUGGCUGGUGGUAUCGCUGCCGCCGUAUCGAAGACCGCUGUAGCCCCAAUUGAGCGCGUCAAGCUCCUGCUCCAGGUCCAGCACGCCUCGAAGCAGAUUGCCAAGGACCAGCAGUACAAGGGCAUUAUCGAUGUCUUCGUUCGCAUCCCUAAGGAGCAGGGCUUUACAGCUUUCUGGCGUGGUAAUCUUGCCAAUGUCAUCAGGUACUUUCCUACUCAGGCGCUGAACUUCGCCUUCAAGGACAAAUACAAGCAGAUAUUCCUUGGUGGAGUGGACAAGAAGACUCAAUUCUGGCGUUACUUCGCCGGUAACCUGGCCUCAGGCGGUGCCGCCGGAGCCACCUCGCUCUGCUUCGUGUACCCCCUUGAUUUUGCUCGUACCCGUUUGGGUGCCGAUGUGGGCAAAGGCGCUGGCCAGCGAGAAUUCACCGGCCUUCUCGACUGUCUCAAAAAGGUGACCAAGUCCGAUGGUAUUAUCGGUCUCUACCGUGGUUUCGGUGUAUCUGUCCAGGGCAUCAUCAUCUACCGAGCCGCUUACUUCGGCUUCUUCGAUACCGCCAAGGGCAUGCUGCCUGACCCCAAGAAAACACAUAUUGUCGUUUCCUGGGCUAUCGCACAGGUUGUCACGACUAUCUCAGGUGUCAUUUCAUAUCCGUUCGACACUGUCCGUCGUCGUAUGAUGAUGCAGUCCGGCCGCAAGGGAGGCGACAUCAUGUACAAGGGUACCCUCGACUGCUGGGCCAAGAUCGCCAAGCAGGAAGGCCCAGGUGCAUUCUUCAAAGGUGCUUUCUCCAACGUUCUUCGCGGUACCGGCGGUGCUUUCGUGCUUGUCCUUUAUGACGAGAUUAAGGCUAUCCUUUUCGCUUAGAAAAAUUAAACAAUUCAUAAUAAAAAAACAGGCAGCUGUGUUUGCAGCAACAGUAUAUUGGCGCCAUGUAGGCGAAAUUAGUCGCCUCCGUGACGUCCCUAAUCUGCCAUUGAUUUUUCAUAUACGUGCGAGCUAAAGGUAGAGGAAGAAUCAAAAUGAAUGAGAAAAAGGGAUACAAAAAAGGAAAAAAUAAAACACAGCAACGUAGAGAAGCAAAGCAAGCUCCAGUGUAAUCGGAAUUAGUUCACGAGGCAAAACUUAUAGUUCACCAAUAUGUUACAAUUUAAUUAGCAGAAGAAGUACGCAUCUUGGAAACGAGAGACGAGAACGAGACCAACUGACAAGGCCGAAGAUGGUGGAUGCUGCGUGAUUCGCGUCCACAACUAUCAGAAACCAGCGUUUUUAUGUAGGCUCUUUCGCGCGCAAAUACGCCAUUCCGACGGACAGAGACGAAAGCGAGAAUGGAACACGCAAAGCGUCGUAUGAGCAAAAUGCUGACAUAAAAUGAUGAUGUUACGAUGAGUGCAAUGGUCAAAGAGUCGUAUAGCACCAUCACAAUGUGCGAGAUAUCUACUCUAUUAUUGCUAUAGUGUGUUGUUGCAAUUGUGGCCCAUGCGUGUCCAUGGUGGCUGCUUUGGAUACGUCGAGUGGUAAAGCAGACAGUGUCCUGAGUUGUCUGCGGCAGAGUCUGCUAUUAUCGUUUGGCGGAUCCAACCCAAAGUGCAAGCAAACUAUUUAGGAAUGUUACUAGUGAGAAAGGAAUACGAGUGAAAGAACGACACCAAACAACAUGACUUACGCAAGUUAGAAUGGAACUUCAAUUUUAAUCUCAACUUAUUGAAAUACCGAAAACUAAAAAAACAACGGGAAACUAUCUGACCAAGGAAAAC